ACAAACACGAAACUGUGACGAAAGCUACGCCUCACCUCGGUUAAGGUUUGCUUACUGUGUCUGGCUAAAAUAAGUGAUCAAAUGUAAUAAAAGGUUUCUAAAUUAGUGUUGGGAAAGUAAGUGUCAGACUUCAGAAUAAUACCCAAGAGAUAAGAAGGAGACCAUCUAAUAAUAAACGGUACAGUGGAAAAGAUCACAAGAAAAAAGAUUGGCACUGUGUCGGGAUAGAACACAAGUUUGGGCCCAGUAGGCUGGAGCACUGAAAACUACAACACUUUCCUCACCUAUGGGACCACACUUGCUCAGGCCCUACAAACCACAUCUCUAGGUGCAGCACCAUGCCUAUCAACACUGUGGAGAUUCUGUCCCUUGUGACACAAGUGUGUGAGGAGGAGAAGCUGCAAGUGCCCAUCAAAGAGAGCCUGAAGGGAGGGCUCAUAGCUGGUACCACUACCACUAUUGGUGGACUACUAGGAGGACCUAUUGGUCUAGCUAUAGGAGGGACAGUUGGAGGUUUGACAGCAGCAUAUCUGGCCCAGGACAAGUUUAGAAGUGUUGCUGAUGUCAUCAGGAAUGACCUCACACCACUACAGAAGGAAAGACUUAGUAGCUCAGUCUUGAUGUUCCUGCGUAACAGAUCUGUUAGUGACCUUGCUGAAGCAUCAAAGCUCCUGCUCAGUCCCACAAUGAAGAUGCUUCUUCUUCAGAUAGUAGUUCAGAUUGUUUUCACAGCAAUAGGAAUUGUUUUUAAAUUAAGGAGAGAAAAAGCAAACCAGACAAGGGCUUUGGAGGAUGAAACUUCUUCCUCAAGAGUGUAAAACAAUGUAAUGAGUCAAGAAAAUAAAAUAUUUAAAAUUUAAUAUAGGAAUAGCGAUCUGAUUUGUAUAAACGAUACUGACUUUGUUCAACAGAGAAUAAUCAACGACUUUGGUCCAGCGGAUGUGUUAGCACUCACUGCGUUCACUCUUCAGCCUGCUUUGAAGGAAAAAAUGCUCCAAGAGGUGUUCCACUUCUUCCAGUCCCAGCUACAUAUGCAAAUUAUUGACUGAGUUUUGGAUACACGUGUAAAACAACUUUUUAUAAUGAUACACAUUUAUAUGUAUAUACAGUACUGUUCCAAGUUUGACAUCUAAUUGGGACUGAAAAGCAAUGAUAAACAAGUUAAAAAGGGGGACUGUAUGAAAACUGAUAGCACCUAAUAUAAUGUGCCUUUUAAAACAAUUAUUAUUUAUGUACACUUGCAACAUACACACACCCUCCAUUUGAAUAUAAAAAUUGCCAAAAGACCACUGUAAGGGGCUUAAUAAUAAACACUAGGGAUAUCCAAGGCUUUGGGGUAGGGCUUAUGGGCCAUCCCUUUGCCCCCAACACUGUCACCAUCAUCUUCACCAUUUGUUUCCUAUGCACUGCACUGUAUGAUGUACCACAUUCCCUCUUGGAUGCAUGUCUCCAGAAGCUUGCCUCUCUUUGUUUUUCCACUUGCACUUGGCUGGUACUGGCAUUACAGUGGCAUAUUUAGUAAAAACUUGUGAUUCAAAUAAGAUUCAAGUAAGUGCUUGUACAUGUUAGGGGGUUGUGACUCACCAAACAUGGUGCAGUACUGUAUAUAUAUGCAUAUUAUGAAGUAACUGAAAGCUGUGAUUAAUCUUUAUGUACAGUCAAUAACUUUAAACUGAAAAUCCAUUAUAUUAUAAAACUAAAUUUCUGAUUUUGAUCUUUUACCUGCAGUAAUGGUGCUGUACUGAGUCAAAUUGCACUUAUUCAAUAAUUUUUUCAGGUUUCAAAGCUUGAACUAUAAUAUAGUAGUGUAGAACAUUAUAUUCCUAAAACAAUGUGAUAAAUACAUUAAGUUAAAACUUAAUGUGAUAAAGUAGUCACAAAUAAUGUGAAGCAUGACUCAGAUGAAUUUGCCUCACAUUCUAAUACACUGUAUGAAACGAGUCAAAAAAAUUUUGAAGCAUAUGUGCUUUGAGCUUUUGUAAAUAUUUUCUUAUAGUUGUUUCUUUGCAAUAAUCUAAAUCACCACAUACUCAAAAAAACAGUCCAUUAUAAUUUUUUAUAAAAAAAAAAAAAAUGUUAUGCUUUUUAACAAACUCAUGAGAAAUUUAAGAAAGUUGGAUGAAAAGAAAAAUACAGCAUGCUUUUCUUGCUACCAAAGAUUAUUAGCAUGCAACAAGUUUUCUAUUACCAGAUACUUUGUACAUCUUAAACGAUCAUUUGUAAAUUUUUUGUGAUAACUACAAGAUGGGUUUGAUAUAAAACUGAGUUUUAUUUACACUUAUUAUCUAUACUGUUUUGUACCUAUUUACCAGCUCUGGGUCACAUCCUCACAAAAUGGAUACAAAGGGGGUUACUAAAAGCAUGGAUAAGAUUACAGGCAGAUGGAUGGAAUUGUUCUUGAAAGAUGUGGUCAAAGUUUUGAAACUUCAAAAUGCAGUAUCUCAGUACUGUACUGUUCUAGGAAGCUAGUGUUGAUUUUAAAUUGAAGCUGAGGGUGCACACAAUCAUUCUGCCAACAAUCCAGUAAACAUCCUUCCUUUUGUGCCUUAGUUCUCCAUAUAAAUAACAGCCACAAUGCUUAACCAAUUAAUUAAUCUCAUUCUUUAGCCAGGUUAGUAGUAGUUCCCAUCUUUGUUCACAGAACAAAUCCAUUAUACAACAAAAUGCUAUCACCUUUUUACUUUUAUCCACAGAAUUAUGUAAUGGCCCUUUCUUAUCCUCAUAACUUUCAUCUCUUCAGUCCUGCCAUAACACUGAUGAAGGUCCAGAUAGUUUACACUACCAAAUGAUCCCCACCAUUUGCUCCUUAUCUCUUUGGCCUUCCUGUUGGUAUCAUUUAAUCUUGUUUUAUCCUCAGGAUGCUUCUUUCCAUCAUGGAAAGAAGCUGUCAGCCUGGCCCCCACUUUUUUUUUUCCUUAAAGCUAACAAGUCUGUUAUCCUUGCUCAAGAUACCACUCAAUUACACUGACUAGAUGCUUAUGUAAUUUAUUAGAAUAAAUGAUAAAUUCAUGAAUAGAGUGGUAUCUGAAAUGGAACUGCCUUCUUUUGCUGUACAAAGUCAACUUUGUUUAUUUAGAGACCUAUAUUACUAGUUCUGGCUUCCUUUUUGUCCUUGGAAAGGUCUAUGACACUAACCUGGUAUAGAAUCACAAUUAAAUGUGUUCACCAUGCCUAAUGUACUAAGUACUAUCCUCCCAUUUUUAAUGGCACCCUACUGACACUUGCUCUUCCUAUCAUGCAGGUGGUGAGACCAUUUUAACUUUUGGACUCUCCCUGCCCUAAAAGAACUCAUGCAAUUAGCAGCUUCAGUAACCUUCUCCUUGGUCACACAACAUGAGUAAUUUUUUUACUAUUACAUCACACACUAUUCUUUUCACUUAAGAUGCAUUCAUCUCACCUCCCAUUCUAUCACUCCAAAAUGCACACUACUUACCACUAGUAAGGGUUCUCAAUGCAUACACUCUGAUUACUGUGCCCAAUUCCAUGUACAGGUCUCUGAUCCACAGAUCUAUGUUGGCAGCAGAAUAUUAUGCCUCAAACCUUUCAAAAAUUACAAACUGAGAGGGUGAGGUAACUUUGCUGCUGGAGGAGAGGAAAUUAAUAACUGAAAAAUACUGCAUAGAAUGGACUCAAGAUGAACAAGUCAAGAGAAGACAGAGGAGUUAAAUGUUGGAGGGCAAUAUUGCCAAAAGCUGCCAGCUAAUGAAAAAGAUGGCCCAAAAUGUAUUCAUGAGGCACAUGACUAAUCAUACAGAUCUUUCUCUUAAAAUGAUAGCUGUACAUUCACAUGCCUCUAUUAAAAAAGCAACAAGAUCUCAACUACCAACUACAGUCUGAUUGACAUCGACAUAACAUUAUACAGGUGAUUUCUAUACCAAUGUUCUCCAAACUUUUUUCAUGACCCAGUUUGAUUUCAUAUACUUCCUUCACAACCUAGUAUGUCUAUUCUGUUGUACCUUUAUACAUCCAGUAUAGAAACUAAUUCACAAACACACACACACACACACACAUAUACACAGAGUAGAUAAGAAGAAAAAUGUUAUAAUUUAUAGAAUAAAGGAAAAAAAUAUACAAACUGUAAAAAGAGAAAGAAAAAACAAAAACAGUGAAGGAUGUGCUGAAACUAAAUGGUGAAGAUGACACUAAAUUCGACGAAGAAGUGAAAGAAGUUGUUCGACUGGGACCUUAUCUGGAAGGCAAAACAAAACCCAUGAAAAUAAGACUAAAACACAACAAGCAGUAGAAGAGAUACUAGAAAGAACAUCCAAACUAAGAGAAAUAGAAAAUUGUAGAUAUAUGAAUUAAGAAAAACAAAUAACUGAAAGAAAUGUAUGAAGAGGUUAGAGGAAAAAAUGAAUCAAGAACAGUAGAAAAGAUUAAAUUUUUUUGGAGAGUUUUGGGAGAGAGUGAAGAAAUGGCACAUAAAGGAAGAAAGAAUAAAUAAAAAUAAAAUAAAGAAAAAUACAAAAAAUGAAGAUCUGAAUGUGAUGUAUACCAACAUAGCCUGUUACACAGAACACUGGAAUUACAAGACUAGCUGAAUGAAAAAAAUCCAAAGGUGGUCUGUUUAAUGGAAAUAAAGCUAAAAGAAGAAAAUCUGAUUGUCAUUAACAAUACAAUAUGUGGAGAAAAGAUAGGACUGGUAAAGGAUUGGGAGGUGUAAUGAUAGUAACAAGAAAUGAGGUGAAGACAAAAAUAGUGAAAAGCAGAAAUAGUGAGUUAACUUGGAGGAUAAUAAUGGAGAAAUACUGACAGUUAUAAACCUAUGUACCACCCAAAACAGAUUCUUGGAGCAAGGAAGAUUAUGAGAAAAUAAUAGAUGAUGCCAUCCAGUGUUUGAGUAAAUUAAUCAAAAGUAAUAAGAGUACUAUUGGUGACUUCAACUGCAAAGAAAUAAAUUGGGAAAUGUUCAAGGCAGGAGGAAAUGAGACUGCAUGGGGGAGAAAGAUUUAUGAAGCUGACUUUGGAAAACAAUGAUACAAUGGGUGACUGAAAACAGAAGAUAUAGGGGAGAUGAUGAACCAAUAAGACUUGGUCUAAUAUUAACGAAAGGUAUCAAGCUAACUAGAGAAUUAAGACAUGUGCCCCAUGGGAAAAAGUGACCAUGUAAUGAUAGAAAUAAAGACUGAUAAUGAUGUCAGUGAAGAGAAUGAAUCAUACAAAGAAAACAGGAGAAACUAUGAGAAAGCAAAUAUAGAUGAACUUAAGAGAUUCUAUGAAGAAAUAGAGUGGGGAAAACUGAAAAGAGCAAAUGAUGUGCAAGGUAAGUAUGGCUUUAGACAAAAGCAAUCAUGUGUAACACAUCUGAUGAGCUUCUAUUCAAGAGUGACAUAUAACACAGGAGAGGGAUGGAUGACUAUACUGUGUGUAUUUAGAUAAAAAAAAAAAAAAAAUGACAAAGUUCCCCAUAACAGGCUACUAUGGAAGCUAAAAACUGUAGGAGGAUUAAAUGAAAAAGAAAAAAAAAAGAUGGAAAGUUACCUCAAGGGAAGAGAAAUGAGAAUAAUAGUAAAAGAUGUAAAAUCUAAAAGGAGAUAAGAUAGAUAAUGGAGUACCACAAGGAUCAGUGCUGGCACCAAUAAUUUUCCUGAUCUACAUAAAUGACAUGCCUGAAGGAGUAAAGAGUUGCAUGAGUUUAUUUGCAGAUGAUGCAAAAAUUACAAAGACUGUGAAAUUCUAUAACAGGAUCUGAAUGAAAUCUGGGUGGAAUAAGAAAUGGAAGAUGGAAUCUAAUGUGAAAAAAUUGUCAUGUAAUGGAAAUAGGAAAAAGUGAAGAGACCAAAAUGGACAUAUAAAAUGGGAAAUGAAAAAAUCAUAAAAAAAACAAGAAGAGAAAGAAUUGGGAGUGACAAUACAGAAUAGCCAAGAGUCGGAGGAACAUGUAAAAAAGAUAUUCUGAGAUGCAUAUAAAAUGGUGAGAAAUACUGGAACAGCAUUCCACUACAUGGAUAAAGAUAUGAUGAGAAAGAUAAUUACCACUAUGAUUAGACCAAAGCUGGAAUAUGCCGAAUCAGUGUGGUCUCCCCAUAAGAAGGAACAUGUAAAAAAAACUAGAAAGGAUACAAAGGAUGGCAAUGAAGAUGGUUCCAGAACUGGAAGAAUUAACAUAUGAAAAUAGGUUAAAGGAAAUUAAUCUGACACAUUGGAACAAAGAAGAGAAAGGGAAGACUGAUUUAUAAAUUGCGGAAUAGAGUGGAAGAAAUUGAUAAUGAGAAACUAAUGCUAAGAGAAGUAAAAAAUACUAGAUACACAUGAGGCCACAGCAAAAAACUAAGAAAAGGAAGAUGCUUGAAUAACAUAAGAAACAUAGUUUCCCACAGAGAAAUAUAGAAGUUUGAAACAAGCUAAGAGAGGAGGUGGUAUUGGCAAUGAGUGUGCACAACUUUAUGGAAAAGGUGAACAAGUGUGGAUAAGGAGACAGGACCACAUGAGCAUAGCUCAGGCCCUGUAAAUUACAGCUAGGUAAAUACACACACACACACACACACACACACACACACACACACACACAUUCCUUCUUUUGAAUUCUUGUUCACAUAUCUAUUUACGAUGCAGUGACCCACUGAAUAAGAGCUUGCGACCCAGUAUUGGGUCCUGACCUAUACUAUGAAGAACCAUGUUCUACACUACCUCCUUAUAAUGGCAAGAUAAGAGUGUUAGAAUAAUGGAAAAAUCUGAAAGAGCAGGAGACUGAUGAGAAUGGAAAGGACAAAGUUCCAUCAAUGGCUAUGUUUCGGAGGAAGUAAUACAAAUCAAUGCACCCCCUGGAUGGCUGUUGUAAUGUCUUCUAUCAUUCUACAUGCUCUGGACUGAAAUACAUACAUACAUAGUUAUUUUAAUAGCUUUCAGGGCUGUGUGGCUCUCUUAAUAAAGGUAAAAACCUUUAACUCAAUUGUUGCUAGUAAUGUGACUGGCUCAAGGUCCCACACCUAUGGAGUUUGUGGUUAUGAUGAUGACUGAAAGUAAAAAAAAAAUGAAGUACUUAUGAAAAAAAAAAAAAAAAAAAAAAAAUGGAAUGACUUUAUACAAUAUUCAAAUUUAAAAUACUAACAAGUAAUUUUUACUAUAUUUGCACUGCAGUAAGACAUUCACAUUGACAAAUUGACAAAAAAUGUGGGUUCCCAAAAUUGUCAAACACAUUAUGCACUAUUUAUCUAAAAUAACUGCAUUAAUGUCUUGGACACAAUGAGCAAGAUUUGAGAUCAUUCUUACUUAAGACAAUCUCCAUGUGACAAACAUGCAGUGCUUUGAAAGAUUGCAAUGGAGGAAGAAUGCAUUACAUGCUACUGAUACAAUAUUGUAGUAUGUAUCAUGCAGAAAACUACUUUGGGUACAUCCUUUUCUUUAAAUGUUCAAGUCCAGUGUUGAAAAACAUUGUCAUUAUGUAUUAAUUGUGUUAAUGGGAUACAACCUGCAUAUGUGGAGGACUUACUGUGCUUCAUUCAUGGCCACCAAUGGCACUCCAUGAUUGUGAUUCUUAUUUUCUUUUCAACCUGAGCAGUUUCUACAUGUAGUACUUAUGCACUGCAGUGCACGCGCUGUACUUUUUCCCUCUCCCAUGAGCCUAAUAUAUUAAACAGAGAUGCAUUUGCUAACAAAGUGAUCUCUCAUUCACUAUUUUGUAUUCACUAUAAUUUUCACUGAUGUAGUUAACCUAUUUGAUUAAUGUCUUGCUGGAGAAGUAUUGUACACCAGUGUUGCUGACAAACUCAUAGUUAAAUAAAUACACUAACAACUCUGCUGCUCUAUAUGUUUACAUGAAGUUGAAUUCCAAACAGAUUUUAGGGAAAAAGUGGUUUUGCCUUGGAAUUGCAUGCAUUCUCUCAAUCAUAACUACCAUGCAGACCAAAAAAUUAAUAGAUGAGAAAAUACCCAAAUGGUAGGAUUACUAUCAGCACUGAUGCUUUAUUGUCACCAGGAUCAAUUUUGACUUAUCACUGUAUUAGUGAUAGAAUUCUGACUAUAUGUAGUAAGUACAACUUCAUGUGCACUGAAUUCACAAUUUAUAUGACAUGACAAAAACUUUAGCUCUCAUCAGUGACAAAUGUGAUAUUGUAUAUGCAAGAUCCAUCAUAUCAUAUAAACCUUACUUUGAAAGAUGCAUAAUAAUUAUUGUAUAGAGAAGGGCAAAUGUAAAACUAUCAGAAAUUCAGUCAAGGGCUGAAUCAUAAAGUACAUAGUUGAUGACUCAACAAGAUUAUGUGUUGCUGGUUACACUUGGUUCAUCUCUGUUAGGCUUAAGUUGGUAAGGUAAGUUGGUAAGUAUGGGGAAAUUUCUCUUUGGAAUUAUAAACACUUGUCUAUAAUUCUGGAGACCAUAUUCAAUGGUUACACAUUUUUAUGAUUACAGCUUUGAAUGGUAUUACCAUUUAACAGUAAAUUUGCAGUUGUAUAUUACUGUUAUUUCAGAGUUUAUGGAAGAGUCUAGUUAACUUUUGUGACUACUUUGUAGUCUGCCAAUGUUUUAGUGGUGAUCAGCGAGCUGAGUAGCUCAAAUACUGUUGCAUCAUUAAAUGAACAAAAGUGACACUGAAAAAGAGAAAAAAUAUAUAAAUAAGCUGAUAUUUAUGUACCAAGUGCUUUUGUUGACAAUAAUUUGCUGAUUAUUGAAAUUAUUCCUCCUUGGCCAUUUUGUUAAGUUUCAUCUUGAUACAUUGGCAAUUUCAAUACUUAUGUUAUUAGAGAAAAUAUUGAAAAUACACAAUCCAGAAAGUUAAACCAUAGAAUUGGGUAAAAAUAGGUUUGCAUGAUCUAUCAUAUUCACUUAAAUUCUACCUAGUACUGUGUCAGUACUACUACUACUACUACUACUACUACUACCACCACCACUACUACUACAUCUGUUAAUAAUAAUAUUACUAUUACUAAAUCUGUUAGCAAUGAUAAUAUAAUGAACAGUAUCUAUUAAUUAGGACACUUAUAAGUGAAAAUACAAUCUGUCCAGUUUUAUACAAAUUUGUUCCAAUACUGAUGUUUUGUGUUGACGCAGAAGAUACACAGGCAACCCUGGUGUUUGUCUUCUCUCUAUGAUUCCACAGAAACAUUUCUGAAAAAUGAGAGCAAAGUUAAUACAUAUAAUUAAUUACUAAUUGGGACACUGCUAUAUCACAGUAACAUAUUAUAUUGUACUAUGUUACAACUAUUUAAUGCAUUAUACAGUUACAACUAUUUGCUGCAUUAUACAUUUAUUACACUACAUUAUAUAUUGAAGCAUUAGGUGCCUCACAACAACUCUAAAGUAAUGUUAUCUGAUGACAUACAUGAACAUUUAAGGAUAAUUCAUGUUGUGUAUAUAAAUUCAAAUAAACCCUGUCUUUGGGUUAUGUUACUUGCAACAUAUGGUACUGAGGAAAACUGCUUGUUUAAAAUCUUGUGUAGAAUUAUAUUUAUCUGAAACCUUGUACAGUAUCAUAUUUAUCUGAAUCACUUUUCAUACAAGGGCCCCCAUUCUAAAGAAAUUAUCUUGGGACCUUGUGAGAAUUCAAUUGUUAUGGUCCAGAUUUCAAAGACACUGUUCUUUGUUCUGGUUGGGGGUUCAGUCCCCAGCUAAGGACUCUCAUCAUUUCCAUCAUGUUUCAGGUAAGGUUUAUAACAUCUAUAUCCUAAAUUUAUUCCAACUUAAUCUUAUACAUUUAUUGAAUCAAUCUCUGCUGUAAUCUUCAGAAAAUGCUGUGUUCAUUAUGUACAAAAUGCUCCUAAACAAAAUACUAAUUUGUUUAAUGAAUCUUGAAAUAUUGUAUGUGAACAAAAAAAUGUACAUGUAUAUGUAUAUGUGACUUUCACGUCACAGUUGGUUCCAUCCUUAAUCUGUGGUAACUCCAAUAGUGUUAAGGUCCCAAUAGUGCAAUAAAUGAAUUGAGA